CUGUACAGCGCUACUGCGGCUGCAGUGCUUAUAGUUCAGGAAAAUGGGGCGAGCAUUGACAGGGACAGAGAGAGAGAGAGAUAGCUGUAAAAGCAAGGAGGCUGUUGCUCUGCUUCCUAGCCCUGUGGAAUAACGACAGCGCUGUGCUGCUCGCUCACAGUGUCCUGAAUACACCACAGCUGGAGAGAGAGAGAGAGAGAGAGAGAGAGAGAGAGAGAGAGAGAGAGAGAGAGAGAGAGAGAGAGAGAGAGAGAAGACCUCCAGCUAUACAGAUCCAGAGCAGCCAGCAGCCAUGGUACGUAGGAGUGGAUACCCGAUCGGGAACGGCAUCGACGCUAACAUCAGCAUCCCGAUGCUCUGAUACGCCGUGACUAGCAAGCAAAGAGCCGCCGGACCCGCCGCUCCGUCUCCAUCCAUCCCACACCCCGGGGGUGUCUCCGCGCUGUCUCGUUCGUGCUCAGCUCGUUCCCUUCCGUUUUUUCUGUCUGCGGGUCCGCUCCUCACACCUGCUGCACGGCGGUGGUCUCGUCGCUCGGGAUUGCGAGGGGAAGUAGCGACGCCUUUGCUCAGACUCCGCAUCACUGAAGAGCGAAGGAAAGCAGCGAGCGACGAGAGGAAGAGGGGGAGAGAUAGGGAGAGAGAGAGCUUCCUCGGCCCCUCGCUCCAGCCCUGACGAUGGGCACCACUGAGGCCACACUGCGCAUGGAGAACAUGGAGGUGAAGGAUGAGUGGCAGGAUGAAGACUUCCCCAGACCCCUGCCAGAAGACAUGGAUAUGGAAUGUAGCCUCACUGAUGACAACAGGACCUCCCCGCCCACCUCUCUGAAUGUGGGCGGGGGGGGCGGGGCUCACAGGAAGAGGCGCACCCUGGUGGCCCCCGAGAUGAGCCUGUCCCUCGACCGGAGCGAGGGCUCCCUCCUGUCCGACGACUUCCUCGACACUCCGGACGAUCUGGACAUCAACGUGGACGACAUCGAGACCCCCGACGAGACCGACUCCCUCGAGUUCAUCGGCAACGGCAACGAGCUGGAGUGGGAAGACGACACGCCCGUGGCCUUGGCGAAGGCGCUCCCCGGAGAGGGGGCGGAGCCAGGGGGCGAGGAGGGGGAGGGGUCAGGGGCUAACGGGCGCCUGUGGAGGACGGUGAUCAUCGGCGAGCAGGAGCACCGCAUCGACAUGCAGGUCAUCAGGCCCUACCUGAGAGUGGUCACGCACGGGGGUUACUAUGGAGAGGGCUUGAACGCCAUCAUCGUUUUCGCGGCCUGCUACCUCCCUGACAGUAACUGCGCGGACUACCAUUACAUCAUGGAGAACCUCUUCCUGUAUGUGAUCAGCAGUCUGGAGCUGCUGGUGGCUGAGGACUACAUGAUCAUCUACCUGAACGGGGCCACACCGCGACGCAGGAUGCCCGGCCUGGGCUGGCUCAAAAAGUGCUACCAGAUGAUCGACAGGAGGCUUAGGAAGAACCUGAAGUCCCUGAUAAUCGCUCACCCGUCCUGGUUCAUUCGCACCAUCCUGGCAAUCUCCAGACCCUUCAUCAGUGUGAAGUUCAUGAAUAAGAUCCGCUACGCCCACAGCCUGGAGGAACUGGGGCAGAUCAUCCCCAUGGAGCACGUGCAGAUCCCAGAGUGUAUCCUGCAGUUUGAAGAAGAAAGAAUUAAAGCACGUAAGGACAGGUUGGAGGAGGAACAGCAGCAGCAGCAGCCGGCAGAGACAGAGAGGCCUGGAACAACGACAGCAGAGCAGUCAUAGAACCAUGAAGGGGAUGGACCGCAGCUGCUUCUCAUUCAGAAAACAAAAGAAAAAACUGAAGAAAAUUCAUGUUUACAGUCCGGGAGGAUGGAAAGAGAGAUGAAAAGAGAGCUAAUUUAUUUUUUAUUUUUAAGAAGUGAACCCUACCCGAACCCUAACCCUGACCCUAACCCUCGCUCCAGUAUUCCAAUGAUAUUCCAUUGUCAGUAUUCUGGAACCGUAUCAUUCAUUCUGUGUAAUUUUCAUAUCGGAUCUGACACAGAAAAUCUAAACUAGUCGGGAGUUUCAGAAGCACUUUCUUUUUUUGUAUUGUGUAUUUAUUUAUUUAGAUAUUGCUCCUUGAUUUAUUUGCUUGCUAAUAUUUUAUUGGCAUGACAGUAGAAUUAAAGCAGGAUGAGGGUAGCGGGUGGGGAUCCUUUUUUGUAUUAUUAUUAUUACUGUAGUUUAAGUAUGUUGUGAAAAAACCAAACCAAACAAAAAAAAAAAAAAUAGAAAUAUGUUUUCAUAUACCUUUGGCUUCCAAAAUGAUGAAAUUAACAUUUAAUAACAGUGUGGUCUUCACAGAGUCUUGUAUAUACCAUUCUUACCAUGUUCGUUUUCUUGACUUUAAUAUUGGCAUGCUUCGAUUACCAGCAGGUGUGUCAGUGUGUUCAGCACCUCCAGUUCUGCUGCGCUGGUUCAAAGACUCUACAGAAUGGAGUACACUUUGAACAGUAAUCUCAGUGCUUAUGCAUGCUUCUGGGAUUCGUGUGCAGGUUGCCUUUGCUUUUAAAAGUAUUCAUGGGGUGUUCUGUAAAUUCUGCUAUAGCAAUUCCUCGAAAACAUUAUUUACCAUUCGGAGUGAAACGAGUGAAGAGACAGCUGCUUGGGUUUGCGUGGAUCGCUGUCUGAGAAAAGCAGCAGUCAUCACAAACCCAAGCAGCUGUUUCUUCGCUCAUUUCACUCUGAAUGGUAAACCAGCCCGAUCAACAGCAGUGACCCUCACCUGACUGUCAGCGCCUGCUUGGUUCUAGCAGCUCCAUCAGGACUCUUGUGGUUUUAUUUUCAAAAGGAAAAAAAAAAGUGGAUUGCAAAACUAAGCAGUGGGUUUGUUUUACAAAUGAGUACUGCAUUCUGGGAUCAUUUAAGGGGAUCUUAUCGCUAGGUGAACUGUCAUUUUUAGAUUUUCUCUAUCUGAAAACAUGUUCCAGAAAGUGUGUUCUUUAACACUGAAAACAGGACCCCGCUGUGCCUCAGCCCCCCCCCCCCCCCCCCCCCCAAAAAAAACAGGUAUUAAACUACAAGUAGUCACACACGCAGUGGAAUUUAAAUGCUAUAAAUCAUCUUGCUGAAUUAAAUUUCAUGACAAACCUGUCCUACACGGUCACAGGAACUAAUUGUACAAAGUUCACACCUGCUGUUGCAGCAUUCUGGAACGCUCGUACACAUUGCAUAAGGUAUACGAGGACAGGCAGUGCGCUCAUCAGCACAGCGUCAGCUGUCAAAAAGAUGCCACAGAGAAUAUCUGAACAAUGCAGCUUGCGCUACAUUUGUCAUUAGAUUGCACUUGUUUUUAUUAAAAAAAAAAAAAAAAAAACAGAGUGGGUUUGUAACUAAACUGAAUGAAGAACACAAUUUGGUUCUUAAUUAUUAUUUAUCAGACACCUUUAUCCAAGGCGACUUACAGAGACUAGGGUGUGUAAACUAUACAUCAGCUGCAGAGUCACUUACAAUUACAUCUCACCCGAAACAUGGAGCACAAGGAGAGUAAGUGACUUGCUCAGGGUCACACAAUGAGUCAGUGGCUGAGGUGGGAUUUGAACUGGGGACCUCCUGGUUACAAGCCCUUUUCUUUAACCACUGGACCACACAAGAACUCUAUAAAUGAUGGUUCAACUUGCCAUGUAGACCUACAGGACUGGAUUUACUGUGCGAAGGUUUUGCUCCUGUUCAAAGUUUGCAGUCUGUAAUCUCUUGUAACUCCAGAUGUGGAGGGCAUGGAGGGUUGAUUUGAUCAGCCUGUACCGGGAUAAACCGCAGCUGGAUUUGUAGAGCAUUUUCAAAUGCAUUGUAUCAGCCACCUGUUUUUAGAGGCAAUCGCGGGAUAAUUACCCAGUGCUGUAACCCAGCUGCUGAUUAUCUGGUCUGGAUAGUGAUGUGUGAACUUUUGAAAAGCAGGACAGAAGUGUGUAAACUUUGCACUGGUGUAACAGCUUAUGUUACACCUGUAAGCAUUCCUCCUCUGAGCAGUGGAGGCGAAAGCGAGCGAUCAGACCCUUCUGCUGGCCCACUAUCCUUCCAGUAAUCAGUGCUUGAGUGGCACAGAGAAGAGUGUCAAGUCUCCUUGUCUCAGUUUCCUGGGUUGGUUCUUGUAAUUCGGAGGAGAUGAGGAUGAGGGUGACUGUAACUGAAAUGCAGCCCUGGCUCCUCUGAACGACCUAGCUGAGCAUCACCGUUAAAAUCGACAGUCUGGAGUCUUCCCCACCCCUCUCUGAACCAUGCUAGCUGCCGUUUGUGUACAGAUGUAUUUUCUGCUUUGUAUGAUGCAAUUAUGAUCUGUGAAUAUUAAAAUUACAAGUGAAUCCGA